AUGCGGAUGGGUUCCUCCUGGGAGGGACGGCGGGCGGUCCCGGGGGCCCGGUCGGGGGGGUGCUGCCCUCGAGGCGCGAUCGGGGUGGCCCCGGUGCCGCCGCGAGCGCACGCCUGCCGCGUCCGCAUCCCCAGGAACAGCGGUCGCCUGGAUUGCGAUCGGCUUCUCAUUCGAGGCGGCAGGGAACGCCAAGCUCGGGGCAAGGGAGUGGGAAAUGCCAUGUGCAGCGCGUCCGGGGGGAAUGCCGGGCAUGGUGAGAGGCAUGCGAUGAGCGUGGAGAUUGGUGAGCAGGCGGAUGGCGGGAUCAUGGAUCGACUGCGGCCGGCCGUGUGCGUGGGGCUGGCAGUCGCGUGCUGCCUGGCGUCGCGGCUGCCGAGCGGGAUCGGAUCGGCACGGGGAGGUGGGGUCGGGGCGUCGGUCUCGGCCGCCAGGGCCGUGGAUCGCGGGGGUGGACGGGCGGGGACGUCCGGGAGGUGGGCCUCGAUCGCGCAGGCCAAUCGGGGCGAGGCGGGGCGGAGGGUGAGCUGGAGGACUGCGCUACGUUACAGGGUGCAGAAGAUCAUGAUGAAGAACAUGGGUGGAAAGCUGCUGGCGAUCCUUGCAGUCGCACUGCCAAUUAUAUUGGUUGGAGGGGUUGCUUAUCGGAUGGUGACGAACUGUCCUUGGCAUCUCGCAUUUUUCAGGGCCUAUCUCUUAAUGGGUGACGUACCAGGAGGUGAUGCAGCUGCUGAAGAAAGCAAUGGGGCCACCAUAAUUGCAAACAUCAUUUUUCUUUAUGGGCUGCUGACAUUUGCAGUCGUGCUUGGUGUUGUGUGUGAUGACAUUUCUACAUUUGUCACCAACGUUCGCAAUGGAAACACUGAUGUGGUGGAGGAAGGUCACACUGUUGUUCUGAAUGUGAACAGACAGCUGCCCUCUGUGCUCAGACAGAUGUCCCACGCCAAGCACGAAAGGAGAAGUGGCACGUUCUCCAAGCCAGUGGUCAUUUUAGCUGAUAUGGACAAGUCGGAGCUGGAUGACAUUGUAAAUCGUGCCAAUGGCGAUCUGUGCAAUAUUGAGGUGUACACACGUCGAGGAAAUGUGAUCGACAAAGCUGAUUUGAUGAAGGUUGCAGCGGAUCAGGCACAGACUAUCAUCAUGUUGCAACCAGAGGAUGAAGACAAUGCUACGAUUGCUGCCAAGCGUGCCGCCAGCAUUGCAAGCCUCAAGGCACUAGGAACAGGCAAAAACAGAUGUACACAGUUGGUGGUGCAAUCACCAGAGAAGGAAGAGUCUAUGGAAGGCCUGACGGAUGUCAUGAUGGCAAGAAACAACCCUCCCCUUCCCACAGGCAGCCAACUCAAUGUAGUGGAGAUGCAUGCUGCUCAGACACUGGAUAGGAUGCUUGCCCAAUGCGCUCUGCAGCCUGGACUUGGAAGUUUGUAUUCAGAGAUACUGGAACAGGGUGAAGGCAGAGAGUUCUAUAUUGAUGGGUAUCCCAGUUUGGCAGGGUCACCGCACCAUGUCGUCCGCAAGCACUUCGAUGCUGCGGUUGUAUGUGGUUACUUGAAGGGUAACAAUCUGAUGCUGAACCCGUCAGAGAAUGAGAUCUACAACGAGGGAGAUCAGAUUGUGCUCCUUGCUCAAGACUAUAGCAAAACUAAGCCAAUGACGACACCCCUCGGUCCUGGACCAGAUUGGGUUCACAAUUUGAAGAGAACUUAUGCAGAGCUGGUGUCAAAGAAAGUUAUUGUCUUGGGCUGGACGAACAAAAUUGAUGGACUGCUCGAUGGAUUUGAUAAGUUGGCACCAAAGGGAACUCAGAUCACUGUGGUUUGCAGCGAGAAGCCCCCCUCUUGGGGACAGAGACACCACAAUAUUCGAGUUCAUUUUGUGGAGGGGAGUCCUGCAUCCUUCCGUGCUCUUGAGGAAGCAGGCCUUCACGACAGUGACAGUGUCAUAGUGGCUGGCCUGCAGGAGCUUGAUGCAAGCACUGCAGAUGCUCAGGUCCUGUCCACAGUGUUGCAGAUAGAGGAUCUGAGCAGCAAGACGACCCGCACAAAGCCACUCCACGUGGUUGCUACCAUAAACGAGCCUCGGACAAAGGAGGUUGCCACCCACUUGGUGGCUGAGGCCAACAGGACGGGUGUGCGCAGCUCUGUGGAUUUGCUCCUCCCUGAUGAGCUCUCGAGUGGGGUGUUGACACAGGUUGCGGCACAACCUAAGCUCUCGCAUGUCGUUCAAGACCUCAUGAACCCUUCGAAAAUGGAGAUGUACAUAAGGAACUGCACUGAUUAUGGAUUGAUGGGGAGGGGCGCAAUCACGUGGCAUGAGGCAGCAGAAGCGGUCCGGGCAAAUGGAGAGACAGCCAUUGGCUAUAUCGACAAGAAUGGUACCAGCUGCACAGCGCCUGCAGCGACUUCGAAGCAUGCAUUUGAGGAUGGCGACAACAUUGUGGUUUUGGCCACUGAUUAUGUUCCUACCUGA